GCGGAACGACAAAUUAUUUGAACAAAGCAAUUGAAGUGUGAAGUUCUCGGAGUAUCUACUCAGCAAUUCUUCUUGUGUUUUACGGAGUAAAUUUAUUUAUUAAACGUGAAACAUGUCUAUGCUGCCAUACAUUUUCAACGACUGGCCGUACAGGCCCAGCCGUUUGCUGGAUCAAGAAUUUGGAUUGGCUCUAACACCAAACGAUCUUCUCGCCGUUACUACACCCAUGGUUUCUAGAGAUUACUACAGACCUUGGAGACAGCUAGCUGCUGCAGCUCGCGACAUCGGCUCCAGCAUCAAAUCCGAUAAAGACAAAUUUCAGCUCAACUUGGACGUGCAGCAUUUCGCCCCUGAAGAAAUUACAGUUAAAACGGCUGAUGGCUUCAUCAUUGUGGAAGGGAAACAUGAAGAGAAGAAGGAUGAGCACGGAUAUAUCUCCAGACAGUUUGUUCGGAGGUACGCUCUGCCCAAAGAAUGUAAUAUGGAGGCUGUGGAGUCCAGGUUGUCUUCGGAUGGCGUAUUGACCGUCACUGCACCGAAACAAACAUCAGCAUUGAAAAACGAAAAAAGUAUUCCAAUUCAACAAACUGGUCCUGUAAGAAAGGAAAUUAAAGACGGUAUGGAGGAGACAGGCAAGAAAGAACAAAGUUAAAUCAAGUAUAGAAAUUUCCGAUUUUUAUUUUAUAGGUAUUGUAAAAAGACUGUAUAGCAUUUUCUGUUUUUUCUCGAAAUCUUUAUAUGUGUAAUUGUUUCUGAUAAAGUUUAGAAAUAAAUCGAUUUGUUUAUUA